AGAACUAGUCUGUCAGACACACAGAGCCACAGGCAGAGCCAGAAGAGAGGCAGUGGGAGAGAAACAUCCAGAGAGCCUGAGCCAGACCCCCCCACAACAUCCAGACAGGCAGGCAGAGCCCUCUCCCUAUCCCAGGAGGAUGAGCAUUCAGGCGGACACCGACACGGCAGACUCCCCCUCCAAAACUCUGGAGAUGAGCUUCACGGAGGACUCCUCUUUGACAGAGUUGAUGCGUCACCGCGCGGCGUUCCUCCAGCGCGCGGGUCAGAAGCGGCAGGACGGGGAGCGUCUCCUUCUCCCUUAUGAAGCCAUCUACCGGCUGGACUUCUCCACCCAGGACCUCCGCUUCUCCCGCUGGCACGUCACCCUGGCGGGCCAGGGCCGGGUGACAGUCAGCGGGAUCUGCCAGCUGUGGACCCCGGACCUGACCAACCUGAUGACGCGCCAGCUCCUGGAGCCCGUGGGAACCUUCUGGAGGAACGCCGGCGACCCUGACGACACGCCCCUCAAGUUCCUGGAGGCGGACAUCCAGGAGUUCGGAGAGAGGAUCGCCGAGCUGGCCAAGGUGAGGAAGGUCAUGUACUUCCUGUUUGCCUUUAAGGAGGGAACGGACGCCUCCAAGCUCAGCUGCACUGUGGAGUUUGAGGAGAACUGAGCGCGACCUUUCACCCCUGGGCACGCGGCGGAGGAGGACAGGGGCGUCCCGGCUCCCACGCAGCGCACAGCUGACCUCCAGCUCUACUUGUUAUAGCUCCCUUCUGUGUUUUGGUCUCCACUUAAAUCUAUUUUUUUUGUGUGUGUGUUUCUAACGUGUGGAGAGAAUACUUUAAAAUGAUUUUUAAAGACAAGUGGGACUGAAUCAAACGGUGAGUGCAUAGAUCAUGAAUGUCUCGUUUAUAUUAUCAUCGUUGGAAAAUGUUGGAGGGGCAACUUAUCUGCAAACACCUCCCCCACCCCAAAUCGCUAUGGUUACUAGAUGUACUGCAUGUCCGCCUGUCAUAAACAUCUGCUGUAUGUGUCCUCUGUUGGGUAACAUAUUAAACAGAUCUAUCAGUA